AUGGAUGCGCUGCGGCACACCAAACAGGACUUGCAAGACCUGAAGGCCUAUCAAAUGCAAAAGUGUCUGGGUCUGGAAGAGUGCAAGUUUGUCAUGCUUGUCUGGCAUGACUCGAGAAUCUGUGUUGCAUAGGCACGAAAAAGCCCUCUUACCUGUCAUGCAAAAACGCAGCUUGCCAUGCGGAAUACGUAAGACAUGGCAGCCAAAAAAUUUGUCAUGUAUAGCUGCGCAGUGCAGUGCGUCUACCGUUCAUUUUUAGCAUUAGAGACCCAGACAUGUUUGCAUUUGAUAAUGACACCCUGAUCCAAGCCCUGGAGGACCACAACACGGAAGUGGGUCUAGACCAGCGAGAACACGUGGUAUCCAUUGCAAAACCUAUUUGACUCGUCGUGCUGACUCUUGCAAAUAUGCAUGACAAAUCUUCUUCCUAUAAAUAGUAAAACAGCAUAAUUUUUACAAAAUUGCCAAAAUUUAUAAUGCAAUCUAUACGAGAACGAGUGCGAUCAUACGAUACUUUUGCAAUGCACAAGAGGACAAUGAGGAGAUCAACAAGAUCCAGGAGGCGCUGGACAAACUGGACCAUAUUGAUCCCAGUAAUCCCGACGGAGAUUCGAAGGAGUGGAGUGGCAACAUCAUACACGGAGCGGUGAAAAACAAGGAACUUCUCGACAACAUUCAGGACAUCUAUUCCCUGAAAAUUAUGUUGUACCAUCAUCAUCCAUUUUCCACCGCAUGAUGAAGAUGACAAAAACACAUCCUACUACUACUUCUCCACGAUUUGCAUUCAACAAUAAAUUGGAUGUGGUACUAGUGCAAAGAUCAUUUUUGAUGUGGUGGACCACAGGCGGGUACUGUGCACGACAAAUUGGAUCAUGGGGGUUUUCAAUUUUCAGGGAAUAGCAUCACGAACGGCUGUACGACGUGCUCAGGUGGAACAUAAUCUGGAGUGGAACUAAGUACAUCUACGUACAAUUUGCGAUGGUGCUAAAACGUUGGCAAUCUGUCUCGCGACCAACAUGGAGUCUAGGAUGACAUCAAAUCUGCGACCGUCCAAAUAACCGCGUCGUUCAGAUGAUCCUCACAAAAUUUGUCAUGCAGACCUGUAGGAGGUCGAGGUAGACUUUGCAUUUGUUCUCGUUGUUGAUUUCGAUGAUUUUUUCACAACAUGAAAAUAUUUCCGCUUUUUGCAUCAUUUUUGUUCCAGUGUAGACUGUUCCCUCUGAGUACGCCAUAAAGAUCAAGCAAGAUCUCGACGGUAUGAGAAAGCACAAUACGGAAAACUCUCUCUCCACCACUUCGCUGGUCGUGUGGCGGUCAUUUGCCAUUUUACAAAAAAACGAGCAGAACGCGGCUCCUUCCCCGCGUAGAUGUAGUCGUGAUUGCACCACUAUUUUGAUUGCGCAGGAGCUCCUGCAGCAUGCAUAUGCAUAUGACGCCGAAAGGCGCUGCAGUCUCAACUACAUGAUCGUCGUCGUGGAGGUGGACUUUUGUUCCUGGAGAAUUAUCUUCAUUCCUCCUUCUUCCGGCGACCCGCUGAUGUCGAUUGUUCGCGAGAGAAGUUUGUAUUUUCAAAUUGACGAGGGGGGGAUUGAGGGGGGUUAGGGUCGUAUUUGCACUCUCAUACGAGAACACGAUGGCCAUUGGGGUCAGUGGCUGAAGACGGAACUUGGCGAGGAGGAGAGCGGGUACCUGGAUCUGGAGGCCCACCCCCAUACGGACGAACUAUGAGAGUGCACAACUCCCCCUCCCCCUCAUUUCUUGUACGGCAUGAGCAGCAAUAUAGCAAGAGCGGUGGUUGUGCACGACAAAUUUGCACUGGAGUGUAAGUCUAAGUGCCGCUAUUUGGGCUACCAGAAAUUGCCAUGCAAACAUCGCCAAGAGGAAAAGGGUGGAUUGGGUAUUUAGCGUGACAAAUGAGGGGGAGGGGCAGUUGCGCACUCUGAUACGAACUCUUGAAAAACUAUGACUUCGAACACACUGCGGCGGAGAAUCUGGAGGAUUGGGAGAAGGAAAAGGAACACCUCGAACGUUACCAAGAAACCAGCAAAGAGAUCCACGAUUUGCAGGAUGAUAUCACGAACCAUGAUGCAACGUAUUGCCAUGAACGAGACACUAAUUCGGACUACGGAGAAGACUUCAAUUACGGGUUUUGUAUGGACCAGAUAGAUAACAACAAAAUGCGCCUAGAUGACUUACAAAAACAGCUAGAUGAGCAGAAAGCUACAAUGCCCGCCGAACUUCAACAUUUUGUUUCGGACGGCUCGGAUAAGCUACACGAGCGACUCGACGUUUUAAAUCACAUCACCACACUGCUGGAGAACCAUCCAAACGUUCUGGAGAAGGAGAACGAUCCAAAUUUACCCGAUAGUUUGGAAUAUAACCCCCAGGGGGGGCAAAUCAUGAUAUCAACUGCAAAAAUGUCUGGGUCUGGAAGAAUGCCAGACUUGUUACGCAGGUUUUCCAUGACCCAUGAGGUCUGGUAAUAUGUAGGACAUAGCAUGACAGAUUCUGUGAGAGUUCUAUAUCUAUCGCGCCUAUCCUGCGUGAGAAACUCCCUGCCAACUUGGUUGAAAGUGGGCCGCUUUUGGCACUCACGCAACACAGAUUUUUGCAUGAUCCAGAAUUAGCAUUGCAAGUUGCAACCUUCCAGGAGACCCAGACAUAUUUACAAUCCAUACAUGACGCAGGAGUACGACUGGGACCAAACGUUGCAGGAAAAUAAAGACCGAUGGGACGACGAGCUGGCGAGGAUCAAGGCGCUGCCAGACAACGGCAGUUUGCGGACGAGUGACGACAUGAAAGAGGUGCUCGGGUCGGACGCGCCUAUCAAAGAACACGACCAAAGUGAGUCUGAUUAUUUGGAUGUGCUUAUGCAAAAAAUCGUCAUCAAAAAAGCGGCGCUCGAAGAAGCUACGACGCGGCCAUGGACGGACGAGGAGACGAGCUAUACGCAUUGCAAAUCAUGUGUCUGAUUCUGGUUCUUUUGGAAAGACGUGGCAACUUGUCAUGCCAAAUCUACUGAAUGGUACAAAAAUCUGUGUUGCAUGAAUGGCAAACCACGUUCUUGCCCAAUAAAUCUUGCCAGGCGAAAAUGAAGGGCGACCCUCUACGCGGAAUAGGCAUCAAGAAGAUCUUGCGAAAUUAUCUGUGAUGCUUCUGGGUGCAUUUUUCCAGACUUUUUUUGUUUUUUAUGAGAUGCAUGACAAAUGACAUUCGAGACCCAGACAUAUUUGCAAUUGCAGUUGAUAGACUAUAUCGACAGUCAAAAGGAUAGAAUGGACGCGGCGGACGAUAAAAUUGCGGAGUUGAGGACCAUACGCAUUGCAAACAUGUCUGGGUCAUCUUUUUGAAGAUUGCAAGACUUGUCAUGCAGGUGUUCCAUGACGCGGCAUGAGGUCUCAAUAAAUGCAGGAAGUAGCAUGACAGAUUCUGCGAAGUCUGUCUCAUGAUGGCUUUCCUGCACGAUAAACUCGUCCCUCUCGACUUGACUUGUUCAAAUAAAGUGGACAACCUUUGGUAAUCAUACAACGCAGAUUUAUGCAUGAUCCAGACUUAGCACCACCAUGACAAGUUGGAAAUGGAACUCUUGUUCAAGACCCAGACUACACAUUUGCAAUGCAUAGAGCAGUGUGGAACACAUGGACAGGCAGCACCUUGGAACUCUGAAAGAAAUGGAGGAGGACAUGCGCGAGGGCAACAUGGACGAAAUUGUAUUUUUUUUAUUUUGAUCAUGGAUUUCGAUUUCUAAGUAUAAUUCGUAUUCUAGUGCCAGAUGUUAAGGAGCCCGUACGAGUUUGGCCGUGUUGUCGUAAAGAAAGCGAGUUCGGUCGAUGAAAAAACUCCAUCGUUUCACACUGGUUCUGUCCAUGUUAACAAAUUGAAAUUUAUUGUCCUGAUCGCUGUAACAUCCCUCGCCCUCCGCACAAAGUAUGCCCGAAGGAAUCGAGCGUAGCACAGUGGUCCUCUGGUGGGGUCGCGCCCCCCAUUUCUAUGUAUUCAGCGUUUUACUUGUUUGACACUUUUAUCAAGUAAAAAAAAUACCGAUAGAAGAACCGAGUCCUUCACGCAUUGAGUUCGAUGAUGCAACAGGGGCUCAUGCUCCUCAACAGCGCCGCCAUGAUAAGUAGUUCUGGCCGCUGGUCCGGCUACUUGCAACUGUUGACCUUGUCAUUUGCCUACUUAUGCCUUACUACACAGCACACACGAACAAGCCUUUGAUGUCUGUCUACUUUACGAUCUAUUCAACACGACGCACUGAAUACCUACACCUCUAGGGCGCCAAGAUCCAAGCCGAUGAAGAAAAGGAACACAACCUGCGCGACAUGCAGACGAGCAUGAAGACGCUGUAUGCAAUAAGUACAAAUUUCCCGUACAUGCACAAGAUGCAUCACAAAUUUCACGACCAAUUUGCAGUGUACUAACGCCUGUCAUGCUAAACUAGAAUCGGAGUCAAGUUUUGUAUGAUGAGGUCGCCGAAAGUGCUUCCUCGCCCACCCCCCGGGGAGGGGAUCCUUGACCUGUGGCGCUGGGUGCGGGUGUCCACUACAUGGCGAUGAAUAUGAUGACGAUGUCAUGCAGUGACAGCAUUUAUUGUACGUCGUCGUGUGCGGGAAAUUUACUGUGGAUACGCUGAUCAAUGAAGUCACGGACGGAGACGACAAACGGGCUCUGCUGGCGCGAAAAGAAGAACUUGACACCGCGAUCGCGACAGUGCGAAACGUUGACAAGUACGACGCAAAGAUGAACGAGUACGAAAGAUUGGUCUCUGACGCGUAUGGGAGUGUCAGGAUUGAAGUCGACAAAGUUGAAAUAAUUUGCAAUGGAGAAUUAAAACGGGCGCCAGUUGGUGCCUAGUUUUCAAGUGGCGCGUGACAAAUUUUGGUAGAGUCGAAAUCCCGUUUGUAAUGCUGUUUGGGUAAGGAAGCCGCCUUUUGUCAUGCUACUUUAGCAGCUCAGUUUCUACCCCUCAACAGGCUUGCGAUCUGCCUCCCUUGCCUACUCUGCAAGACAGGCACUUUGCGGGUUGCAUUUUAUGCGUCGCAAACUAUUUCAACUUUGACGAUUUUAAUCCUGGCGCCUCCAUAACGUGCUCACGGAAGUUAAGAGGGAACACACCAUAGACGCGCACGACGAUUUGACGGACAGACACGAUGCGAUGAAGGACAUCUUAGACGGCUUAGCGAGGCAGACAGCAGGUGACAGUGAUGAUCACGAGCGGGUAGUAGGAUGGCAGACACAGUUGACGGAAAUCCAAGACGCCGUGGAUGAGAACCAACAUCCCAAUCUAUGCAUUGCAAAAAUGUCUGGGUCUGGAAGGAUGCAACUUGUGAUGCUGCAUCUGGAUGGUACAAAAAUCUGUAUUGCACGAACAGCAAAAGACGCUGCUAGACUAUGUCAUCCAGGUUAUUUUCCAUGACGCAUACGAUCUCAUCUGUCAUGGAGGACCUAGCAUGACAGAUUCAUCUGUGAGAUCACUAUCAUGCCUAUCCUGCAUGAGUAGAAACUGCCUCGCAACUUGAUCAAAAUUGGGCAGCAUUUGCUAAUCUUGCAACACAGAUUUGUCUUUUUGCAUGAUUCAGAUUUUGUAGCAUCACAAGUUCCAACCUUCAUCCAGAUCCAGACAUUUUUGCAUUUGAUACAAUCCGUCGCAAGACGAUCUCGACGCGCAGGCGAACAAGUAUAAAGACUUGCUGGAUGACAUUAAAGACCAUGUCGCCGACGCCGACGAAAGCGCAGGAGGAGGUAAUAAUGGGGGACAUCACGACGACAACAAGAUACGCAUCGACCACGACAACUUCGAAAAGUUGAAUGAAAAGCAUGACGCUGUCGAGAGGGUCGUCAACGAUUAUCAGAACGUAUCCUGUGCAAAAGUGUCGUACUCGUAUAAAUGCAAGUCUUGGUCUUGCAUUACAAAUUUUUUUCUUCAGGUAAAUCCGCAUAAUUUCUCAUGCUGGGGAAAUUUGUAAUGCAUUUAUACGAGUGCGAUACUUUUGCAGUUCAUAGAACGUCCACGACGCCGAACACACCAUCGGAUCCCCGGGAGAUGGACAUGGAGCAGUAUGCAGUGCGAGAAAUAUCAUGUCUGGGUCUGGAAAUUUCUUGUUCCGAUGCUAGUGGAUUACUGGUGAGCGCACUGAAAAAAACGGAGCUACGCAUGCCAAUUUUUUGAGCUCCGUCUAUGAAUGUGCUUCGCUUUUUUUUUCGCAUAAUUUAACUGCAUUUUUGCAUGACAGGCAAGAGGCUUUUGCUUUCCUGCUCGACGUGUAUUGCAGAUUUUUUGAGAUGAAUCAUAAUCAUGUGUGACGACGAGCAUGAGAAGCUUGCAUUCCUCCAGACCCAGACAUAUUUCCAAUGCAUAAGCAGGAGAGAACCCGGAAGAUACAAUCUUCGGGCACAUGGAAGCAGCGCGAGACUCGGUCCAGGCCAUCGGUGAGCAGCAGACACAGCUUUACCACGACCCCCGGCAACUCGCAGCGUCCGUGCUCGUGGGCGGUGGCGCUUGGUAUCCUGAAAAAAACACCCAUCCCCAUCCAUUUUCUGCAUGGCAAAUAGUGGAUUUUAUGCAUGUUUUGCAUGACAAAUUCGAUAGGGAUGAGUGUUUUUUCCUGGAUACCUGGUUCUGGUUCGGAAACAAGAUGUACAGCAAGAAAUACAAGGAAGUACUGCACUAUGGAACUGUCAGGAUCUUCGAAAUUGACAAAGUUGAAAUGUGAUUUGUAAUCCAUCAUAAAAUCGAUACCAAUUGGAAUUCAGUUUUCAAGUGGCGCGUGACGAAUUUUGGCAGCAUUGAAAUCGAAUUUGUCAUGCUCUUUAGGCACAGAGAGCUGCUUUUGUCAUCCUACUUCAGCAGCUCUAUCGAAUCUGAAACCCCAAACAGGCUCUUACAGUUGGCCUCGUCUGUUGGCAUUCCUGCAAGACAGUCAGUUCGUGCCUUGCGUUUUCUUGUGCUUGACAAACUAUUUCAACUUUGUCGAUUUCGAUCCUGACGCCCCCAUAUGCACCCAAAAAAGACGAGCAAAAAGCUGAUCAGCCGGGGCAGCGCCAAGCGGAUUUCCCUCGACCUGCGCGAUGCUGACCAAGUGGCUUUCGACCGACGUCGCAACCUGUCCGAGGAGGAAAUGCUGAAGCUGCGACAACAGGAGCGGCAGAUUGCGCACUACAAGCAAGUGGGGAUAUCAAAUGCAAAAAUGGCAGUCUGGGUCUUGAAACUUGUGACGCUGGGUGGCGUAUCAUGAGGAGGCCGCAAGUGCUGUCUCAGCAUGACAAGUUUCUGAGCUUCUUGAUGUUGCCUAUUCUGCAUGACGAACUGCGUUUCUGCAUGACAGAAAACUGGGGGUCUUGGGUAAUGUGCAUGACAAAUUUAAGAGUCAUGCGAGACAAGCAUGACAAACUUGCAUUCUUCCAGACCCAGACACUUUUGCACUUGAUAGGGGAAGCUCCUCGACGAUAAGAUGGCGAGCCACGGCGUGGAGGGGUACGAGGACUACUCCGGCUACCACUACAAGGUGGCGAGCGACUUCACACGGUUGCAGGAGAAGCUGGACGAUAUGGCGUUCUCAAGCGUUACAUCCUCAACUGUAGUUACAUGAAUUUGUAUAUAAGUAUGCAAAAAUGGCAAAAGUGCAAGAGCACGGCGGAAGAUUUUUGCGCCUUUCGCAUUAAGUGCAGGUUAGUCUGGCACAGAUAAUUUAGAUGCUGUCUACCUCUUUGGAAGUUUGUCAUGCGAAGCAGCUUGAAAAUGUAGAUACUGCUGAGAGUUUUAUUGCGUGACAAAUCACGUAACAGCUGCGAAUCUGUUAACAUUUGAGAACGCCAUAGACGAGGAAGGGAAGGUCGGGAGACGCCCGGGGCUCCUGUCGAAGGUGGACAUUGCCACCCUGGAGAGCGUAUCAAGUGCAAAAAUGUCUGGGUCUGGAAGAUUCUGAGACUUGUGAUGCAUAAUUUGUAUGACCCAUGAUGCCUGCAUAUGCAUGCCCUAGCAUCACAGACGUUUUAAGGGCAUCUUGAUGCCUAUUCCGCAUGACAGAUGCCCUCCCCGCGUAGCAAAAAUCGCAUUCUCUUUGCCGCUCACGCAAUACAGAUUGUUUUCGAAAUCCAAAUGCAGCAUCACAAGUUGCAUUCUUCCAGGAGACCCAGACACUUUUUUUACAUUUGACAGAGCGAUGACAACUGGCAAAAGGUGUGGUGGGGGCCUUUCGAAACAAGCAUGUGGCAGUACGUCGGGGUAUCCAGGAAAAAAAACCCAUCUUCCCCAUGAUUCAUUUUUUGCAUAAAAAAAAAAAACCUGCAGGAGCUUAUGCAUGUUUUGCACAAAAAAUUGGCUGGGGAUGGGUGUUUUUUCCUGGAUACGGGGAGGAAAUGGAGAUUGGCACGCGCGUGCGGCUCAACGAACGAGGGGAGCUGCUGAUCGACGAGGACGGGGUCCUGGUGGAAGACUAUCACAGGAAAAAGUGUACAACGUUAAAAACGGAAUUUAUGAUGCAGAAAUGCAUCCCCAAACGUGCCAGAAUUUGUCAUGCGUAGCAUGCAUCCUAGGCAAAAUCUGUCAUGCUUUUUUGCAACCUAGGAGAACCGUAUAACGUUAGCACUUUUUUUCCUGUGAUAAAGACUGGAAGAAGUUCACCAUGGAGCAUAACGCAAUGACGUCCCCGCUCACGCGCUUGACUGGACAGCUGCUGAAGUGGCGGGGACAAAGUGCCUAUGCUGUGCAAAAGUAUCGUACUCGUAUAAAUGCAGGUCUUGCAUUACAAAUUUCUUUGUCAAGGCAAAUCAGCAUUACAAAUUUUAUUUCUCAUGCUGAGAAAAUUUGUAAUGCAUUUAUACGAGUACGAUACUUUUGCAGUUCAUAGUGCCGGGGAGAUUGCGAUGGCCUCGGAACGGCAGCUGCUGGCCUCGAUCGACGCCGAGGAAACCCGGGCCUCGUGGUUCUGGCAAGCGGGGUAUCACAAGGAAAAAUCCCCCCUCCCCACAUCGAAACGAAAUUUGUGAUGCCGGAUUUGCGUCCACAAGUCAGAUUUGUCUUGCAGUAGAGGACUGCAGGCCCAUAUCGUGCCGGAGUCGAGAGGUUUUGGCCUAGGCACUUAGCAUGAGGAACGUCUAUGCCGUAGCAGGCCCAACAGCAUUACAAACCGCCUGCACCAUUGGGCGGAGCCUGUGGCGUUGCUUUCUUGCAUCACAGAUGCGAUUUGUGGCUACAAAUCACCAUGACAAAUUUUCUGAGGUGUGCCUUGUCGAUAUGGGGAGGGCCGAUUUUUUCUAACGAUACGGGGUGGGAAAGAGAUCAGGAGGACGACCUGUUAGAGCAGGUCAAGGAAAAAUCCAAGGAGGCACUGCCCAUGCUGCUGUCGACCUAUUACGCCCAAGAUUCCGUGAUGGACCCGGUCGCGCUUAUGAAUUGCAAAAUUGUCGUACUCGUAUAAAUGCAUUACAAAUUGAAAUUUCCUCAGCAUGAGAGAUAGAAUUUGUAAUGCUGAUUUAACUUAAGUUUAAGAGAAAGAUUUGUAAUUCGUGACUGCAUGAUAUACGAGUGCGAUACUUUUGCACAGGAUAGCGCUGGAGACGCAACAAAUCAUGGAGAAGUGGGAGGAGAAAGCGCUGAAAGACGUGAAGCACCUGAAUGGCGAGGAUCCCAACGCUAUGCAUUGCACACAUGUAGUUGUCGUCCGGGUCUGGAUACAAUACAAUUCGUGACGCGACAAGAUUUGAAGGACAACAAGACCUAGAGCUGUCACGCAUGGAUGCGAUAAUUGAUGCAUGGCCAUCAAGAAUUCUUUUAAUAUCGGAGGUUGAUGGCACUUCUUUGUCAUUAUACACGCGCUCCUUCAGGUAUGAAUCAGCAAGAAUAGGCGGCCCGCGAAACUUCUGAUGCUGGUGAUGUUCUACCGUACUUACAACAAGGGCGGGCCACUCUAUUGCAAAAAUGCGAAUGUCAACAUAGACUUCUAAAAGUUGUAGACCACCCAUGUAACAACUACAUGAUAAUUGCAAUGCAUAAAUUCUGAAAACGCCGAGGAUGGUAGCGCGAAAAUGGACGCGUUGGAAGCGGAGGCUUUGAGGCCGCCAGAAGAGUGGCUACAGGCCGACCCGGGAGCACCGGAGUCAGGAGUUAUCAAAUGCAAAAAUGUCUGGGUCUGGAAGAUUACGAGAUUUGUCAUGCAUAUUUCGGAUCACGCAAAUGGCGUCUGAUGCAGGCAAAAGCAUCACAGGUUUUGAGCACGCCUCAUGAUGCCUGUCCCGCAUCAGAAACUUCCUACUUGCGGACCAAGAAAUGGACAGCUUUUGGCGCUCACGCAACAAAAGUUUUUGCGUGUUCCAGAGUUUGCAUCACAGGUUCCAACUCUUCCAGACCCAGACAUUUUUGCAUUUGAUAGGAGUCGCUCCUUUGCAAGAGAGGCUCGACAAGCGGGCAGAGGUCUGCUCUUUCGAAAACGGACGCGAGUUAUCCUGUGCAAAAGUAUCGUAUUCGUAUAUAAUGCAAGUCUUACAUUACAAAUCUUUGUCUUAUUAAGGUAAAUCCGCAUUACAAAUUUUAUUUCUCAAUGAUGAUGAUGAUGAUGAUGAUGAUGAUGCUGAGAAAUAAAUUUGUAUAUGCAUUUGUACGAGUACGAUACUUUUGCAGUUCAUACGAGUUGGAGAACGACAAAUUCUGUCAACUUGCCACCGACGAGGUGGAGAAACGAAAAGAGGAACUCGAAAAGUAUUGGGUCACUCAGAUACCGAAGGACAAGCGGAUGGAACUCGUAAAACAGUACAAGGAACAGCGAAAAAUGAAGGCGGAAGCGACCAAGGCUGAGCAAGGGAGUGGACUUCUCUCGUCGUCUUCCAGCGCCGCGUCGAGUAGUUCUACUGCUGCCUCUGCUUCAUCGUUUCUCCAAAUGUCCAAGACGGGCGAGCGGACCGAGGAACAAAUGGAAAAAAAUAUGGAAAAGCAUCAAACGGCAAGGGAAGGUCUUGCUUCCGGUAUGAUGAAGGUAGGCGAGGGCGGACGAGUGGCACGACGGCACGCAGUUGCAGCUUCUACGACGUCGGAGCAGCAGGAGGCGAAGCAAGAAGCAAGAGCCAGAACAGGAACAAGAGCAGCUGCGAAAAAUAAACUAUUGCCUGCGAGCAACGACGCUGGUCUGUUGGAUGAGGAUGUGGAGGAAUCUGAGUUCCCCAAGACCACCAACGCUCUGGGACUGCGGGCAGACCUGCUGGCCCACAGCGGCGCAAACAGUUGGAGCGGACGCCUCUUCGGCGGCAAGGACUCCACCACAUCGUACCGGGACACGAUGUUCGGGGACGCGUUCAUUCUGUUGGACCCGCUCCGGUCAUACACCAAGGUAGACCGGUACGAGCGCGGUGGGGAUGCGGGUGGCAGCAUAACCAGCACCCGGCGCGAGGGCCGCACCCAGGCGGCGCGGGAAGCGGACGCGACGCGCAACUACUUUGCCGCGGUGGGCAUGGUGUUGCCAACCAAAAUCCGGGAGCACUUGCGGUUUCUCAUGUUCCUCACACCGGACGAGUGUUUGCCGCAGCCGGGACAGGACACGGUGCUCGGGUACCGAUACGAGAUGCGGAACGAAGGGCAAAUUUUGUCGGACAUCGACGAGGAGCGGAAGAAGAAGGAGCGCCUAGCCACCUGGAACAUCAACGAACUGCGACAACGGGAAGUGGGCAGCAAGAUCACGGACCACAACGCGAACUUUUUGCAGGACCUGACUUCCGCCACCCUGGAGGACCUGGAAGAUGCCGCCUGGGGCACAUGCAAGGACUAUGGAAGCGUCAGGUUUGAAAUCGACAAAGUUGAAAUGAUUUUGAUUUGCCAUGCAUAAAAUGCAAGGCAUGAAGUGCCUGUCUUGCCAGGAUGGCAAGUGAGGCCGAUUGUGAGCCUGUUUAGGGUUUGAAAUAGAGCUGCUAAAGUAGCAUGACAAAAGCAGUCCUCAGUGAGGACCAAACAGCAUUACAAACUGGAUCCCGGUGAUAGGAAAAUUUGUCAUGCGCCGCUUGAUAAAAGGGCUUCCGACUGGUAUCGGAUUUAUGCAUGACAAACUCUUUCAACUUUGAGGGUUUCGAUCCUGACACAUCCAUAAGGACAUCCAUUUAAGUACGUCGAAGCUCACCACGGACAAGCUCGGCGUGUCGGGGGUGGACGGGAACAUUCAUCCCAAGAUCCCGCUCCUGGCCGCCGAGGAGAGGAUCAACGAGUACAUUCGGGCCAGGCGGUUCCGCGCGGAGAAAUUUCGCGACAUCAUGGAGGACAUCUACGGAGACGAGAUGCGGUAUAACUACGCGUUCCAUCUGAAGACCGAGGGAAUUCUGCAAAAACAAAUCCUGAAGGCGGAGCACUUGAGCGACAAGGUGCGAGAACGGGAUAUCGAGCUGGAGAUCCAGCAGAUGCGGGAACAGUUGGAAGCGCUAGAAGAGGUAUCCCACGAAAAAACUGUUUCACUGUGAUGGUUUUGCAAGAUCUGCAUCACAAGUGUGCUACACAUGAUACAGAAAGUUCGCCAUGCGCGUUUACCAAGGGAAAACACGCUUAAAAAUCCAUUGCGUUGCAGGUGUAGCAAGACAAACACUUUGGUGUUUCGUUCUCUGCGUCACAGGUUCACAGUGAAACAUUUUUUUCUUGCGAUAAGAGGGCGGCGACCUCUACUACCACUUUGCGGACCUUGACGUCGACGAAGAUGGAAACGUCAUCACGAAAGAAUGCGAACCGGGCGACACGGAGUGCGAAGAGCUGCUACGCCAGCACGAAGAGGAUCUGGAGAAUCAAGCCAACGGCGCAGCACAAGCAGCAGCCGCUGCUGCUGCGAGUAGCGCAACUUCUAGCAGCUCCAGUGCUGCGAGCAUGCUGCAGGUGAAAGAACAAGAAGAGCUGUCAACUACAUCUCUCGUAGGAGGAGCAGUACCAGAUGAAGCAGGGGCCGCGAAGGAGAUUCCGGAACCCGUAGAAAAAGUAACAUCAUCAGGUAGGAGCGCAACUGACGUGAAGACCAACACGAUGUCAACAUCUACGACAGCACACAAGCUGCCAGCGGUUGCCGCUACUUCUUCUGCGCCAGGUGUCCAAGGUUCAUCUCAGGAACUAGCCGAACCACUGGGAAAGCUGUCAUCAGAAUCUUCCGGUGCCAGGAGCAGUACCGAAAACGACGCACUUUCUGGCCGCGGAGAUGGGAGUAGUACCUCCCUUGGUGACAGCGUACUAGAAGUAGACACAAAUAUGCAAGCGGGAGCAACGUCCAGCACGUCCUCCCAGCUGCAGGUGGGGGAGGCAAAAACUAAAACUGAAACGGCAAGAAAUCAUCAAAAAUUGGCGCGAAGAACGGGCGGGACGAGCAAAAGUAGAAGCAGAACUACUUCCCAGGAGAGGUCGCUAUCAGUAGCUAGCUCAUCAUCUUCAUCAUCAUUCGCAGAACAAAAAACGGCAAAGAAAAAAGAGCUUCAGUCUCAGCUGCUGGAGAAGGUUCUCCUCCAAAAAGCCAUGAGGCAGAAGCGGAAGCGGGGGCGUCAGCGUCGAGCGGCGUCUUCAGAUGCUGAUGCCAGGAAAUCAACAAGAAGUCGGAGUCCUGAUCAUGUGCUGGAACAAGAUGAGCAUGAAUCUUCUCCCCCAGCAGGAGCACAAACUAGCACCAGUUCGUCUCUGCUUCAACACACUGUGGAAGAGGAACAAGUACAAGAAACAAAACAGGGCGAGGAAGGUAAAAAGACCUCCGCAAUGAAGGAGUUGAAGAGCAGAACAACCGAGCGCGAGGAGAUGCGGCUAGUCGCACGGCAUAGAGAGAGUAAAGUCCCAGCGGAGAGGGUCCAAGAGGCGGAGGAGGUCGAGGGCGAGCUUAUUUUGAAAUUUAUGGAGCAGCACAAAGACUUCAGUCAGGACUGGCUCGCGCACUACGCCGACAACUAUUCGUGGGAGACAACCCCGGAGCAGGAACUGCGCGACGACAUGUUUCUAAACCCGCAGUCGAAUUUGAAUACCCGCGACCGGUGGACCGCCACCAACUUGCUCCGCGAAAUCGCGCUGGUGGAGUGGAAGAAGGUGGCGGAGUACGUCAUUAUGGUUCAGACCGACCAGCACUCUGCCUGCGGCGGCAAUAUCGGGGAGAGCCGGCUGUAUCAGCGUGCGGGCAUGGACGUGCGCAUGGCGGCGGGCCACAUAACGGAGCACCUGGCUGCGGAUUUGGAGUACCAACAGGCGGCGCUGACCGAGACGGAGGACACCCCCGAGGAGUUCAAACACAACAAGUACAUCGGCGGCGACCUAAUCCGCGGCGACGUGGAGCUUCCCAAGAGCUACCUGAUGAGCGAGCUGCAUCGGGCCAUGGAGUAUGUCCUGGUCAAGGAGUACACAAAACCUGCGAAGGUGCACACGCUCGAAACGGAGUACCAGGACCGUUUGCUCACGGAGCGCCUGAAGGCGAAACUGGGGCGAAAACCCUCCGCUGGGGAGGUUCUGGCGGCGGAGAAACGGGGCACCAACAAGGGGCUGUUCGACAUCUUCCAGGCCCGGUAUGGGAGUGCACAGCUCCCCCUCCCCCUCAUUUGUAAUGCAAAGUACCAAAUUCACACCGUGCUCGUAAGCACUGCUAGGAUGACAAAUUUUGGAACCUCAAACUGUACUACGAUCUGCACGCAGAUUUGUCAUGCGAAAGCCUCUUUUCCGCUGUUGCUUGUGUUGCUGUUCAUGCCAUACAAAUGAGGGGGAGGGGGAGUUGUGUACAACUCUCAUACUCGCUUGCUGGCCGAAGACGUGCUGGAGCGGCAGGUCGACAAUUCGGAUUGGAAACUGAAGCCGCAGGAGUGCGGAUCGAUCUGGAAACGAAUCGCGGACGCGAUGUACUUCGAAGCCGCGAGCGUGUACCGCAACGAGCGAAACCGCAUGGCGCACUUGCUCGAAGAGAAGCCCGACAUCGCCAUGAUGGUGGAAACGGACGUGACGGAGGAGAUCGAAAACGCCUGGAAACACACCCGGCAAACGUCGAAAAGCAUGGUGGAGGGGGAAGAGGACGAGCGGGACAUAGACCAAUACGUCGCCAUCAAGGGGGAGGGGGAGGCGGAGCUGGCCUUCAUGCACCAAAUCAUGUUCAACAAGGCGAUGAAGGUGAAGAAGCUGUCCAACCAGUAUGGAAGUGUCAGAAUCGAAAUUGACAAAAUCAAAAAAGUUGCGAUGCAUAAAAUCGAUACCAGUUGGGGCCUCACACUCAGUUUCCGAGUGGCGCAUGACAAAUUUCGGGAGCACCCAAAUCCAGUCUUUCAUGCUGUUUGGACAAAGAAGACUGCUCCUGUCAUGCUACUCUGGCAGCGCAUUGCAUACCCCUAAACAGGCUUGCAAUCGGCCUCAUUUGCCUGCCCCCCAAUACAGGCCUUCAGUGCCUUACAUUUUAUGCAUCACAAGUUCUUCGGUUUUGUCGAUUUCGAUCCUGACACGUCCAUAACCAGCGGUACCGAAUCAUGAAGAGCGCGAAAUACGAGAAGUUUCUGCGACCCGACCUGUUGCGCGACAGCCUGAUCGAGGACCUGCACAAGGAGGCGGGGGACAUAUGACAGUGCACAACUCCCCCUGCUCCCCCUCAUUUGUCACGCAAACUACCGAAUCCAAGUCUAGUCCUUCGUCCCUGCUGUGGCACUAUUUGCAUGACAGAUCAUUCCGGAAGCCCAAACAAUACUACAGUAGGCGCGUGAAUUUGUCAUGCACAGGCUCCACCACGUGUCCUGGUGUUUGUAUUGCUGUUCAUGCAAUACAAAUGAGGGGGAGGGGACGAAGUUUUGCACUGCCAUAGGACACCGUCGAGGGCGUGAAGGACGGUAUUAAGUUUCAGCGGUUGUUGGAGAAGGCGGACAUGUUGGACGCCCUACAGGACGUGCUGCGAAAGGCCGAAGAAGAGUACGACAAGGUCAAGCGGGACUACGAGCUGGCGCGAAAGUGGGACCGAGAGGCGAACAAAUGGUACAGCGAGCAGAAAAAGAAGGACUUAAGUCCCAUGCGCGCGUUCUGGCUGGUCCACAACGACUACAUGAUUGAGGAGGAGCUGCUGCGGAAGCAAAUGCAAUCCAAUAUCAAAGCCUCAGGUUGGAAAUCCUCAAAGUGAAAAGAACUUGUAAUGCAAAAAAACGACUCCAGUUGAAGCGCCAUUUCUAGUCGGCGCAUGACAAAUUUCCCGGGCGCUCAAAACGUGUCUGUCAUGCUAGUGGGCAAAGGGGUGCCCUUCUCUCGUGCUAAUCACCAGCCCAAUUCUGAACCCGUAGAAGCACAGUAGUCGGCCUCCGUUGCGUUCUCUGCAUUGCAGUUUUUUUGGUGUCGCAUUUCAUGCAUCACAAAUUAUUUCCACUUUGAGAAUUUCCAUUCUGAGGCUUUCAUAUCCAACCUGAUCGACAUGCAAGUAGGCACGUUUGACAACCACCUGCGGAUCGGGAACCGAAUCAAGCAGCGCUAUCCUGAGUGAAAACGUCCCCACCCCAUAGUUGUCAUGCAGAUCUGCAUGCUCAGAAUGUGUGUCAUGCGGCUCUCCACCAUGAGAGGCAUUACCUAGUGGCGUUUGGGAAUCUGUCAUGCGCUAAUCAGGAUGACAGACUGGAUCUGUGAUGCGUUCGAACUAGCUAGGCACGACUACACUGCGUCGCCGAACUUGUCAUGCGUGAGUCCCAAAGAUGCUCGAUUUGUCUUGCCAAAGUCCCAACUUGACUAUGGGGUGGGGACGUUUUUACACAGGAUAAGCGCGUUGGCUUCGUCAUACCGACGCCACCGGACGAGCGGCUCGACGAGGAGGACUUAUCCUGUGCAAAACAAGUAUCGUACCCGUAUAAAUGCAAGUCUUGCAUUACAAAUCUUGUUCCCGCGGCAAAUCUGCGUUACAAAUGUCAUUUCUCAUGCUGGAGAAAUUUGUAAUGCAUUUAUACGAGUGCGAUACUUUUGCAGUUCAUAGGGCUACUACCACGACGAUGACCGGCGUGCAGCGGGGGAAGACUUGACGCAAUUUUCCUGGACAGUGGAAAAGAGUAACCGCCUGGAGCACUGCCCUGUAGAGCUUCUCGCGCAACUGCCGGAGUACGCCCGGGACUCGUUCGAAGACGAGUGGACUAGCAGCAUGACGUAUGAAGAGAAGCACAAGUUCGCGCAGACCUUCCUCGCCAAGAAGCACCUGGAGCUGCAGAACGCCCUGGUGGCGCUGGAGGCGCGGCAGCAGGUGCUGGCCAAAUUGGCGAUUGACUUUGAAACGAAGGGGCGCGAGGACUACAAGGCAGCCGUGCAAGAGGUGACCGACCGCAUGGUUGAGAAAUCCGGAUCCAGCGGCCAGGGCCCCGUCAACCGCCGCGCGGCGACCAUCAAACGCGAGAAAGCGGCGCGCGAAAAAGCCGGGAUCAAAGACGGGACGGCCACCACGAUCGUGAGAAAAAACGGCAAUAAUAAAGUAGAACCGAGCAGUGGGAAGAACAGUAAAAAAACGACGGAAGAAGUAGAUGAUGCAAAAAGCAAAAAACAUCACUCCAAAAAAGGCACAAGCAGUUCUUCGUCCAGAAAGAACACCAGUAGCAAGAAGGAAAAGGAGAGCUCUUCUUCGCGGAAAAGCUCAAGCAACAGCAGCAAAGGCAAAAGCAAAAAGAAGUCCGCAUCUACUGCUUCCGCGGCGGCAGCAAGUGCCGCAGCGUCUUUCGCGGAACAAAUGGCGCGCUUGUGGACCCCGACGAAAAGUGAAGAUGUUGGCCAAGAACAAGAAGGCGAGCAGGGCCAGGGAACGACUGAAAGUGUCAGUGGUGCUAGAAACACUACAAGCGCAACAUCUAGCUCAGCAACGCCGCUAGGUGGUGCUGGAGGUGGUACCACUGCCAAUCCCAAUGGCAGCCGCUCGCCGCGCCCGGUGCGACGUCUCGCGGACCGUAUUCAGUUUCUGGAGGAGACACUGCGAAACAUGAAACUCUCUGCCGGUCGUCUCUCCAAGCUGGAGCGGCUCCUCUUCUGCGUCUUGUUCGCCAUCGGUUUGUGGCUUGCGCUUGUGUCCUAUGCAAGACAAAUUUCCCGCGCAUGUACAAAAUGGAUCACAACUUUCACCAACUUGGAGCGUGACACUUGUCAUGCCCUGCACUAGGAUCGAGGCCCAGCUUUGUCAUGCAGAAACCGCAUUUGUGCGUGUGCGGGAAAUUCGAAUUUACUGUGGAUAUCUCCGUGUUGCGGACCUGCUUCGGGUGGUGCACCACGAAAAGUCGAUCCGAGGAGGCGGCUCCGUUGAUGUCGUGGUGGUGGUGGUGUAGUAGAUAUGAACUGCAAAAGUAUCGUGCCCGCCGUGCUAAAAAUCGCAGUCAUGCAAGACAAAUUUCAUUUUCAAGCCAAAUUAGCAUGACAAAUUCCAUUUGUCAUGCUGAGCUAAUUUGUGUUGCAAGAAUACUAGGAGUGCGAUACUUUUGCAAUUCAUAGUAGAAGUAGGACUGCAAUAAAUACAUCACAACAAGAAGCCUUGUUGGCGGGCGAGAGAGAGAAAUUCCGAGGAUUAUUCUACGACUCCUCCGACUCUGAAGCUUCUUCUGACUACUAUGAUUCCGAUUCCGACGAGGAUCUUCAAGAUGAGGAAGAGCGAUGGGAGGACGGCGCUAAGUAUGAAAACCCCCCGCGGCCGAGGGCUGCUACCACAGGACUGCUUUGCUCAAUAACACGACGUGGGGGAACUUCUACUACUUCGGAUGUCCUCGUCGUGGAAGACGAGGCGAUGGCGUCGUCCUCUGAUGAAGAGACGGUGUUUGAGAUCGCAAACAUCAUUCCAGAACACAAGAGCUCGUAGUGGUUCAAGAGCAAGAGGCGGAUCCUACGAGGACGCUGCCAGCCUUGACUCUUCUUUAUCGGGGAACCCCCGAAGUAAAUGGCUGACGGAAAAGGAUAGUCCUUUACUGUUACCGUUACGAAAAGUUCAAGCUAGUACUACCCAAUUUAGAAAUUACAAUGAACAGCACUCACAGACAAAUUGAAAUUAGAAUUACAAUCAGCUUAGCUUUCUUACAAAUAUUACAAAUUCACAUCUACAGAAAAUGAAGUUAUUGUCCGAAGAUCAUCAGUAUUAUCCGUUUAAGUAGCUGUAUCCACCUGUAUUUUCUGUCGGGAACAGAACAAUCAGAAAAGACGCUGCACUCUGUUGCCCAAUAAGAUUGUCUUGCGGCGCACUUGAAAAGUAACUGACACUGAGAACACUGCACAACAGACUCCAAUGCUAAUCGUAUCACCCCGAACUCCUUUUUUUCAAUUGCAACUUGCAACCCCGCAAGAAACAGCUUGCAGCACCAGACCGCUGUAGAAUAGAAAGCGAGCAGCCACGGCUUCCCGCUCCCCCCCUUUCGCAAAUAAAAUAAAAACUGUACCAAGCUGGAUGAUGAAACUCUAACUCUUUCAAGAAAAAACACAGUAUCGUACCUUCACCUUCUAGGUCCUGUACACCACUAAAGGUACAACCACUGUCGAGGCGAACUUACCGCCGAGCGAACUGGAACUAGUACACCAAAAAAAUUUAAAUUAUUCUAUGAUAUGCUUUAUGUAUGAUGUCACUCCAUCUUUUCUCCGAUAUUUUAUCAGCAACGCAACGAGUAUCUGUAUCGCGAUCGUGCGCUAUAAUUUAUUUCGAUCUGAAUACCGAAACCGAUAUAGCUUUCUCAAUAAGACCAAAUAGCAGUUGAAGUGGCCGCACGACCGCCAGGAGACAAUCAAAGCGAAGUGCACUGCACAAUCGAAAACUCUGCGAGCCGCAGCAACAGCUGCGCCUUUUCUCGACCUACCAAUUAUUCAAUAAACGUACUAACGAAGCAGCGGUUUAAAAACUGUGGAGCUUUUCCUUUUACCUUUAAACUUUAUCUGAUGCCCAAAAUGUAAAAAUCGUAGCUUGAUUUGAUUUUGACUCCCGCAUGAUGAGGAAGAGCAUUUGCAGCCCGGGUAGCGACGGAUUCCGUUGUCCAAUCUCGGGGAGCAUUUGCAGCCCGGUUUCCGUUUCGCAAGAGGAAACUAACUUGACCCAGGACUUGGGCGCCCCGUCCGGGAUGAUCCUUAAGCAAGUCAACAAACUACAGCUACCCUACUGAGAAAUGGAGGAAGCUCGAGAAGUAGAACUUGUAUAGUUGAUUCGUAACAAAAAUAAAAGCAACGUGACAAUAAAAUCAAUGGCACGCCGAGGACCACAAGAAGCGAAAAAAUGUAUCACUGAGAACAGCUACCCCCUCCGAACUUGUACUGUAAAAUAAAUUGGACUAUCUUUAUUACGAA